AUGUCAUUCACAAACUUUCCAUUCUCCACAAUCACAUAUUUAACCCUACUUUUUGCCUACACUUUAGUUGUAUUAGUUUCGCCAACGGUAGAGUUUCGGAUCACGCUAACGCAUGUGGAUCGCGGUAAGAACCUCAGCAAAAUGGUGCUCUUACGGCAUGGGCUAGAACGCGACCACAAGAGGCUGGAAUGGCUUAAAGCAGCAACCUCGAAAAGUCCUGACAAAAUCAACAUUUCCAUCUACACAAGCCCCGAAUACCUAUACGGUGACUAUUUAACAAAUCUAUCCAUCGGGACUCCACCUCAACGCGUCUCGGCCAUUAUAUCCACCGGCACAGACCUCACGUGGAUCCAAUGCAUGUCGUGUAAGAAACGGUGCCCUCGAAAUUCAUCUAACCUCUUCAACAAGAGAAAAUCCAAUUCCUACCGUCCAUCGAAAUGCCCAAUCAAGAGACGGCCGCACAACAAGUGCACGUACAAUUUGACGUACUCUGACAACAGCUGGUCCAACGGGGAGCUUGCCACCGAGACCUUUCAAUUCGAGGCGGGAUCAUCCCCGAUUCAUAAGCUCUUGUUUGGCUGCGGGUUCAACAUCAGUCGGGACCUCUUCAACGGCUCGGGGGUCCUAGGCCUAGGACCAACGAACCGUUCUCUUAUCUCGCAACUCACCGUGACCAAAUUCUCCUACUGCAUGCCGCCGGCAGGCUCCGCAGGGGAGGGCGUGCUCGAGUUGGGGACCGGGGCCGCCCAGGCACCUCCUGGUGCCCCCACGACCCGACUCUUCGUGAAUGAGUCGGCUGGCCCGUUCUAUUGGGUCCCGCUCGUGGGGGUCGCCGUGGGGCGGGCAGCACCGACGCGCGUCGACAAGUUUGGGUUCGCAAUCAUCAGCACUGGGACCACGCUGACGCUCCUCGAGAGGGGUGCGUUCAAGGACGUCAAGCGGAAGUUUGCGCGGCAGAUCAAGCUUCGUUCGGCCAACGCGAGCAAAAUCGACUCGACUCUCGAGCUCUGCUUCAACGUCCAUGGUAAAAAAAAGAUAAAUGUCCCGAAGAUGGUGCUGAAAUUCGCCGGGGCCAAAGUGGAGCUGUCGAAGGAGAGCUACUUCGUCGUGGACGGCGGGAUUGGGUGCUUGGCCAUGGGGGCCGCCGAGGAUGGUGAGCCCACCGUGUUGGGCAAUUUUCAGCAGCAAAAUAUGUUGGUGGCUUAUGACAUAGCUAACGGGACGAUUUCCUUUGUGGCCAAUACACAAUGUGAUUGGUUGUGA